GCUGUGCCGCGAAACUAGUCGAUCCUGAUCCGUUCUCGGUGUUUUAUUUUUUUUUUCACAUCACCUGGGGGCCCCUAAUGGGUGGGAAACGAUUUGCUUUCCAAGCCUCCAUUGUUGCUGGCACGUUGCGUUGUGGUGUUUGCGAGGACCUGUAAUUAAAGCUAAUGAAGAAAUCUUUGCCAAUGCCCGAGCCUAGGAGUUAGUGGUUGGGCGGAACCACCAGCGGAUGCAGUGAUUUGUGGGUGUCAUUUCAGAGCCGGCUGUGAGUGUUUGCCGAAGUGAUUAGGUGGUCUUAUAAAAACAGAGCCGCGUUUACGAUUGAAUCCGGUGCAAUCGGUUGGAUUAGUGCUAUCGGUGCCUUGAGUGCACUACGAAGGAGAAAAGCUUCUUAAGGGUGGAAAAGUCCCUAAAGAAGAACUCUUCACGGCGCCUUGUAAGAGGGCUUUCCGACCUCGAGUGCCACUGCUGCCAGUUGUUGACUGCCCGAGACGAAUAAUUUGUGCACAAGAAGAAGGAAAGUGAACUUACUCUUGACGAAGAGGUAAUGCAAAGAACACUCCGCCGUCGUUCGGCUUGGCUCGCGUGAGAGUGUCUGGUACCUACCAGCACAGCACGGAAGCAGGAAGCGAAAGUAGAGUGCAGUGCAGUCAGUUCAGUCGAUAGUCUGCCCCGAUUGCUGCAGAGUUUCCGGCUGUGGUGGGCAGCAGCGGAGGAGGAUCGAAACAUGGAUUAAUUUAAUACCCAUCGGUGUCGUUUCGCGUCGGGCAAAAGGCACCACUGACUGGCUGGCAAGUGCGCGGAUGAAAUGUGACUGUCGCCGGAAAUUGCACAAGAAAAAGGUAUGACUAUAGCCCGGACUGCCAUCAAAAGGCUCUGUGGACGUUUUACGUUGUGCUGAGAACAAAGCGGAAGAAGAUGCUGCAAAAAUGCUGCUGAAAAUCGUUUUCGGAGUAUUCUGCCGGCUGCUGCUGCUCGGGGGUAUCUUCCCGCUGCACCUGCGGCACGUUCGAAUUCCAUCCUAUAAAUUUCGUGGCGAGUCGGCUCUGCUGGAGUGCCAGUACGAGCUAGCCAACGGCAAUCAACACCAUUACCGGGAUCGUUCGGACUAUCGAAGUUCCCGAACGCAUUCCUCCAACGAUGACUACUACAACGACGGAGGUGGCGGCGGCGGCGGUGGUGGCGGAGUCGGUGGCCCCGGUUACGGUUCGAUCGGGGAAAAAAUCUACUCCGUCAAGUGGUACAAAGACAACGAAGAAUUUUACCGAUACGUACCAUCGGCGAACCCGCCGAUCAAAAGUUACAAGAUCGAAGGCAUACGAGUCGACCCGAAUCAUUCGGACAACACGAAGGUCCUACUACGCUCGUUGACCCUAAAAUCUUCCGGUCUGUACCGAUGUGAAAUAUCGGCGGAGGCUCCCAGCUUCGAUUCGGUGCAGGGCGAGGGACGCAUGGAUGUGAUAUACAUUCCGAAGGAUGGUCCGCACAUCAACGGCGACGUCGAGCGUAACUCCUACAGCAUGGGAGAAACGCUCGAGCUGAACUGCACCUCCGGACGAUCCUAUCCGGCGUCGACCCUGCAGUGGUACCUCAACGAUCAGCUGGUCACCGAUCCGAGUCUGCUGGUGCCGUAUCCACGCUUCCAAAAUGCGCACGGUCUCAUCAUCAGCCACCUGGGGCUGAACGUGGUGGUCGCUCCCCAUCACUACGAGAACGGCAUCAUGCGCAUCAAGUGCGUGGCCAGUCUGUCGCCGGUGCUGUGGCGCGAGGGCAAGGAAAGCAUCCUGCAGUGGGAACAGCCCACCAUCGACAAUCGCGAAGCAAUGCUGCUCGUGAGGAGCGGCACAACCAGGCAACGAUUAUGUAGCAGCUUAACUGUUCUAGGUGUUUUAGUGGUAGAAUUGUUGAUUAGUUUGUUAUGAAGUCGCGCUUGGUAGUUUUGUUUGGUGAGACUGAGAGAAACAGCGAAUGAAACAAUAUUCGAAUGUGAUUUGUUUUUCGGCGAGCUUAAUUUCUUUGUUGUGUACAUGCAGUGAUCAAAAACCAGUUGCUUUUCGUGAUUAGGAUGGACGCAAACCAGACAACUUAUAGUGUACUGUAGUAAGUCUUAUAGUGCAGUAGUGUAAAUAGCAAAUAAAAUCCACUGAAGUGUGCAAAACUUGAACGAAGUUUGUAAAUAAAGUUACGAAGUACGU